GAGAUCACUGCUGUUUCCUUCCAAAUACCAACUGACCAUCAACCCACGGGAAACGGUGCCCGUUUAGAGGGUUUUGUGCGAUGUGCCAGGACUUGUGGAUCUGGAUUACAUAAGCAUAAUGGACUGGCCUUUGACAAGACUUCCCUGCUAAAGGAUUUACACCAGCAGUCUUUGAUCUGUUUGUCGUAAUAUUAUACAGUCAACUCAUGUUGGACCAUUGCCAUCUCCAAACCAGCAUUCAUACUUGCAGCAGUUUGUCGCCUCCACUCUGGAUUCUGUUGUUGGAUUAACACAAUCUGAAAAUCCACGACCACAGAAUCACACGCUGUUCUCUGCCCAGUGUUUGUGUUUUUAUGUCUUGUUCUGAGCGGCGGUCCAUCGCUGGUCCAACUCUACAAAAUCAUGGAACCCAAUAUGGAGUACAUUGUCACGCAGGUGACCCAGAAAGAGGUCGGGCGACGGUUUCAAGUGGGACCAGAAAUCAUAGACUACAUCCUGGACAGGCAGAAGUCACAUGAUCUGGAACACGAUCAGACUAUGCUGGACAGGAUGGUGGACAGUCUAGCGACCUCGUGGGUCAAUGCAAGUAAUUUCAAGGUGGCACUGCUGGGAAUGGAUAUAGUUUCUGCUUUAGUGACGAGACUACAGGAACGCUUCAAAACACACAUAGGAACAGUUCUUCCUAGUUUAAUUGAUCGUUUAGGCGAUUCCAAAGACCAAGUUCGCGACCAAGUGCAAACACUACUCUUAAAAGUGAUGGACCAAGCGGCUAAGCCACAGUAUGUUUGGGACCGAAUGCUGAGCGGAUUCAAGCAUAAAAACAACAGGACCAGAGAAGCUGUUUGCUUUUGCCUUAUUUCCACUCUUAAUGUAUAUGGAGCCCAAGGGUUAACCCUCAGCAAGAUUGUUCCUCAUAUUUGUAAUCUUUUGGGAGACCCCACGAGUCAGGUCCGAGACGGCGCAAUUAAUUGCCUUGUGGAGAUUUACAAACAUGUGGGUGAGAGAGUGAGGAUCGAUCUGGGGAAAAAGGGACUCCCACAAUCACGGUUGAAUGUGAUUUUCAGCAGGUUUGAUGAAGUCCAGAGGUCUGGCAAUAUGAUCCUGUCUGCAGAUAAGAACAUCGACGAUGAUGAUUCUGUGGAAGGAGGCCGUUCCUCGUCGUCUUCUAAAGGAGCAUCGACGGUGCGGCGAACGGGAUCCAUGCGGCUGCCGAGCUCCGCCUCCAGCACGAAGAGUUCAGGUAAAGAAAGUGCAAGUGCUGGUGCCCUUGAUGAAGAAGACUUCAUUCGUGCCUUUGAAGAUGUGCCUGCCGUACAGAUCUACUCCGGUCGAGAGCUCGAGGAGUCCAUGAAUAAAAUCGGAGAAAUUCUCUCCAGUGACAAACACGACUGGGAGCAGAGAGUGGCAGCAUUAAAGAAAGUGCGCUCUCUGCUGUUGGCGGGCGCGGCAGACUACGACGGCUUCUCACAGCAUUUGCGGCAACUCGAGGGGCCUUUCAAAUUGUCGGCCAAAGAUCUGCGCUCGCAGGUUGUGCGAGAGGCCUGUAUCACACUGGGGCAUCUGUCAUCUGUGUUGGGGAAUAAGUUUGAUCAUGGAGCCGAGAAUAUCAUGCCAACAUUACUAAACCUAGUACCAAACAGCACGAAAGUGAUGGCCACAUCUGGAGUAGCAGCGAUCCGUCUUAUUAUACGACACACACACUACUCACGACUGAUCCCAAUCAUGACCAGCAACUGCACGUCUAAAUCUGUGGCCGUCAGACGCCGCUGUUUUGAGUUUUUAGAUUUGUUGCUUCAAGAGUUGCAGACGAAUUCUUUAGAAAGGCAUGUGACCGUUCUCAUGGAAACGAUUAAGAAAGGAGUUCAUGAUGCCGAUUCGGAAGCAAGAUCCGUUGCAAGAAAAUGUUACUGGAGUUUUCAUGCACACUUCAGUAAAGAGGCAGAGCAGCUCUUUCAGGCGCUGGAACUGAGCUAUCAGAAAGCGCUUCAGUCUCAUCUGAAGGAUUCGGACAGUAUCAUGUCACUGCCGCAGUCCGAUCGCUCGUCCUCAAGCUCACAAGAGAGUUUAAAUCGGCCGCUGUCAGCUAAAACGCCAGUCGGGAGCAACUUGAGCAGAACUAAAGCCGGGAGUUCUCGUGUGUCGUCCACGGCGGGCUCACUGCAACGAUCGCGCAGUGACAUCGACGUCAACGCUGCAGCCAGUGCCAAGUCACGAAUGCCCACAGUACCUACUGCUGCCCCCUUCAGCUCUGCCGCAGCAUUGCCGCCUGGAUCCUACGCCUCACUAGAUGCCACUGAUAAUGUGGAGGGCCGUGUGCGCACAAGACGACAGAGUUCAGAGACUGCUGCUGGGGGUGGAGCCUCUGUGACAGACAGCAGGGGGAGGAGCCGAGCCAAAAUUGUGUCCCAAUCACAACGAUCCAGAUCGGCUAAUCAAGCGGGGGGUAAAACUCACGCUGGCAGUCGGUCUAGUUCACCUGGGAAGCUGUUGGCUCAUUCAUAUGGAAGAACUCCUCGCAUCCCUGGAUCCAAUGGAAUGCCAACAGAUAAACGCAGCAAAAUUCCCUGGAGUCACGGCUGCAGUCGAGAGACCAGCCCUACCUGCAGCAGAGAGGAACUUGUAUGGGAUAGAUCAUAUAAGAACCCUCAUGUUCUUCCAAGCUCAUCUGACUUUUUUCGUCUGAGAUUGAGGGGCAGUCGUAUACCGAGGCCCAGUAUGAGCCAGGGUUGUAGUCGUGAUACGAGUCGUGAGAGCAGCAGAGACACUAGUCCAGCUCGAGGGUUCAGUCCGCUUGCAUCCCACAGACACUCGCGGUCCACUAGCGCGCUGACGAGUGACAGCCUGCAGACAGAUCAGUUUGGUCUGAUUCAUCACGCUCGUAUCUCGGCGUCUGUUAAUGCCAUGCGGAUCUUGAACACUGGCACAGAGGUGGAAGCUGCUGUAGCAGACGCUCUGCUGUUAGGAGACUCCAGGAAUAAGCCGAGACCGAUGCGCCGCCGUUAUGAGUCUCCUGGCAUGUACUCUGAUGAUGAUGCCAACAGUGACGCGUCCAGCGCAUGUUCAGAACGCUCUUACGGAGGGAUCCCGCAUUACCUGCGUCAGACGGAGGACGUGGCUGAAGUUCUGAAUCACUGUGCCAGCUCCAACUGGUCUGAGAGGAAGGAAGGGCUGCUGGGACUCCAGAACCUUCUGAAGAGCCAAAGAGUCCUCAGUCGUGUAGAGUUGAAGAGACUCUGUGAAAUCUUCACCAGAAUGUUUGCAGAUCCACACAGCAAGAGAGUGUUCAGUAUGUUUCUGGAGACACUGGUGGAUUUCAUCACAAUACACAGAGAAGAGCUUCAGGAUUGGCUGUUUGUGUUGCUCACGCAGCUGCUGAAGAAAAUGGGGGCCGAUCUUUUGGGGUCCGUUCAGGCCAAAGUUCAGCGGGCCCUAGAUGUUACCAGGGAUUCGUUUCCAUACGAUCAGCAGUUUAACAUCCUGAUGAGAUUUAUUGUUGAUCAAACACAGACUCCGAACCUCAAGGUGAAGGUGGCGAUCCUGAAGUACAUUGAGUCUUUGUCGAGACAGAUGGAUCCAUCCGACUUCGUUAAUUCGAGCGAGACUCGAUUGGCUGUUUCUCGAAUCAUCACAUGGACAACAGAACCAAAGAGCUCAGAUGUUAGAAAGGCUGCACAGAUGGUUUUGAUCACCCUGUUUGAGCUGAACACACCAGAAUUCACCAUGUUGUUGGGCGCCCUUCCCAAAACCUUCCAGGAUGGAGCUACAAAACUUCUACACAGCCAUCUAAAGAACAACAGUAACGUCACUGCAGUGGUAUCACCCAGCAGUACAGCUGGACGAACGCCCCCGAGACACCCCGUUACCCGGACGAGCCCCCUGGCAUCACCGACUACCUGUUCUCGUGGCGGACUUUCACCCAGUAUGUUGGAGUAUGACACAGAGAACAUGAAUUCUGAGGAGAUCUUCAGCUCUUUGAGAGGUGUAACUGAAGCCAUCCAGAGCUUCAGUUUCCGCAGUCAGGACGACAUUCUAGAGCCAAUCAAACGUGACGGCAAGAGGGACGAGACGACGGGUGUGGCUUCGUCGUGUGCAGACCCUCGACUGUCUGCAGGUCUGAUGGAGGGGGGCCGAACUGCACUGGACAACAAGACGUCAUUAUUAAACACGCCGUCCCCACGGGCGUUCAGCGGGCCAUGGUCGCGAGAGUACAACCCAUACAACUACAGCGACUCUAUCAGUGCCUACGAGAAGGGAGCGCUCGCCGUGUUUGAAGACGUGGAGCAACUCCGAGACGGUCGUCAACAAAACUGUGGGGAAAACAAAAUCAUACAUACUAAGAGUUUUUCUGCAGGACCCGGGCAGCACCUGGAGAUAGUUGGUGACCUGCUGAAGGAGCUGUCCAAUCACAGCGAGCGUGUGGAAGAGAGGCGGGCCGCUCUGCUGGAGUUGUUGAAGGUUACCCGUGACGACAGUCUGGCUGUGUGGGAGGAGCAUUUUAAAACCAUGCUGCUGUUGCUAUUGGAGACGAUGGGAGAUAAAGAUCACACUAUUCGAGCGUUGGCUCUGCGCGUUCUGAAGGAGAUCAUGCGUAGUCAACCAGCGCGAUUUAAAAACUACGCAGAACUCACCAUCAUGAAAACACUGGAGGCCCAUAAAGAUUGUCACAAGGAGGUGGUGCGGGCCGCAGAAGAAACUGCGUCGACACUCGCGAGCUCCAUCCACUCUGAACAAUGCAUUAAAGUUCUGUGUCCAAUCAUCCAGACGGCCGAUUAUCCCAUCAACCUCUCCGCUAUUAAAAUGCUGACCAAAGUCAUCGAGCGCAUUUCCCAGGAUUCCCUGCUUCAGCUCCUACCCGACAUUAUACCAGGACUGCUACAGGGUUAUGAUAACACAGAGAGCAGUGUACGGAAGGCCAGUGUGUUUUGUCUGGUGGCGAUUUAUUCUGUUAUUGGUGAAGAUCUGAAGCCACAUCUACAGCAGCUGACCGGCAGUAAGAUGAAGCUGUUGAAUCUGUACAUCAAACGAGCUCAAACCACCAACAGCAACAGCAGCAGUUCUUCAGACAUCUCGUCUCACAGCUGAACUGCCCUCUGAUGCCCCUCUAAUCCACCCCGUCAUUUCCUCUGAAUCCAGCUGAUGUUACCCGUCCUUUAAAUCUGUCAAACGAUUGUGCACAUAGAACUCUUGCAGUUGUCCAUCGUGCGAGUAGAUCCUGUUUAGACGCACGUAUAAAUGCGCCUUUUAAAAGGCCAAUGCUUUAUUUAAAUAUUUUAAGAGGCGUAACAACUUUAACUGCAGUUUUGUAAUUGGUUGCGUUUGAGUUUGAACAGAGAUCUACUACCAAGAUAAUAGUGCGUGUGCAGUGGUUGUGCCAAUGUUACCGCUUCCUCUGUAAGAAAACCGACGUUAUACCUUUUAUUCACCAACAGAAGAGUCUCACGUUUCUCAUCGCAAUCAGUUUCGGUUUAAAUUCAAAAUACGUAAAGUUUUUGCGAAUGAAAAUUCUGUCAUCGUUUACUCACCAUCAUGUCGUUCCAAACCUUUAUGACUUCUUCAGUGGAACACAAAUGAUGACAGAAUUUUUAAGUUCCAUUUCAGUUCCAUUUCAGAUCGGCCAAUCAGAAGUUGCGUUACUGUUAAAGAGUUGUGUGUUUGGCUUCAGUAACGUCGUCAGUGAAUGUAACGCCCGUCUAAAGAGUUGUUUAUUACGAGUUUAACGCUGCUGCCUAAUUUGUUAAGCUCUUAGCGAGUAUUAGAGCGAAUUAAACAUUCAUUUUGGGCAUUUAAAAAUAUGCAAGAACAGAGAUUGUAUUUGUACAGUACUUUGUUUUUUUUCUGGCCGACAAGUGAAGCGUUAAAUUUGAAGUUUUGCUUGAUGUUAAGCCUACACGUAAGAUUAUUGUAAAUACCUGAGAAAAUUUGGUUUAGCGUGAAUGUGUUUUAAAGGACCAUGAUAUUAUUUUAUGUUUAACACUUUUACUUUUGUGGUUAAGGGCCUUGUUGAUGCUUUUUUUUUUUUUUUUUACAAAACGUACAAUUGAAUAAUCUCGGAUUUCAGAAAGUAUUAGAAUCUGCCUCAACAGUGCAUUUAAAAGAUGACGUUCCAAAAUUUAAUCACACUGAAUUGAAUUUAUGUUUUGCAAAUUAAAUAUUUCACUAAUGUACACGCUAGUUUUACAGAAUAGUGACAGCUGUAAUAUGAAAUACUUGAACGCAGUGUCGUAAAAUAGACUGUAAGAGUGAAGUUAUCCGUGGAAUUCUUAACUUUUUAGAGCAAUAAUUUUAAAAAUAAAUAAUCCAAAUUGGAUUUUGCUAGUACUUAAAUCACUGUUUGGAAGGUUUGUGCUUGUACGGUCGUUUAAAGUGCUCGAUUAGUCAUUUUAUAAGAUGUUUUAAAUAUUGGUGCUUAAUUGAAUUACUGAAUGUUUUUCAUUCUUUGGUUUGAUAGAAGGGCCUUACCAUGUACUAUAACAUCAGUUUCUAAAAAGAAAAUCACAUUAUCCUCUUGUUUGAAGUCCCAAAGAACAUUCCACACAAAUAACUACAAAUCUGAAGGUGUUUCUUAGUGAAUCACCUACAAUCCGUUUAGUCAUUGUUAAAGGGAUAGUUCACCCAAAAAUGAAAAUUCAGUCAUUGUUUACUCACCCCUGUGUUGUUAUAACUCUAUAUGACUUUCUUUCUUUUUCUGAACAUAAAGGGAGAAAUUGUGUAAAAAUGUUGUGCUCAGUGAUGUCAUACAAUGGCAGUUUAUGGUGACCACCUCGUCAAGCUUCAAAAGAACACAAAAGUAUAAUUCAGAAGUCUAA